UUGUCGCCGCUCUCGGCGGCCAUUUUUGAGUGGGCUGUUCACGUACGGUCUGUUGUAGUUUUUGCUCUACGACAAUAUGGCUGCAGCCGUAGAAGACAGCGUGAUCUACCGGGGACAAUCACGGGAAUCCUUCAAGACUGCUCUGUCAGCCGUCUCCUGGGUCGCUGGACGGGCCGGAAGUUCCGGUUGGAGACUUCUGGUGUAGGUUCCUGGGGCUCCUGGGCUGUCCGGACCGGAGUUGAGUCAGUGCUGGAGGUCCUUCCCGGGAGUGUCGUGUUGGGAGGCCCUGAUAUAGUGGGGGUACUUAGAGGUCAGGAGGGCUUAUACCUGCUAAAUGUGACAGGGGGCAGUAUACUGUGCCCUACCCUCUGAUAUACCUUGUACAGGGCUCUUAUAUAGUGUGUUACCCUCUAAUAUACAGUGUAUAGAGUCCUAUCAUCUAACAUACUGUGUAUAGGCCUUUAAUAUAGGGUCCUCCCCUCUAAUAUACAGUGUAUAGGGUCCUCCCCUCUAAUAUACAGUGUAUAGGGUCCUCCCCUCUAAUAUACAGUGUAUAGGGUCCUCCCCUCUAAUAUACAGUGUAUAGGGGCCUACCCUCUAAUAUACAGUGUAUAGGGGCCUACCCUCUAAUAUACAGUGUAUAGGGUCCUCCCCUCUAAUAUACAGUGUAUAGGGUCCUCCCCUCUAAUAUACAGUGUAUAGGGUCCAACCCUCUAAUAUACAGUGUAUAGGGUCCUUCCCUCUAAUAUACAGUGUAUAGGGUCCAACCCUCUAAUAUACAGUGUAUAGGGUCCUCCCCUCUAAUAUACAGUGUAUAGGGUCCUACCCUCUAAUAUACAGAGUAUAGGGUGCUACACUCCUAAUGCACAGUGUAUAGGGCCCCAUCCUCUAAUACACAGUUCAUAGGGUCCUACUCUGUAAUAUAUGGUGUAUAUAAUUCUCUCUAAUUUGCAGUGUAUAGGGCUCUUAUAUAGAGUAAUCUCCUCUGCUAUACAGUGAAUAGGGUCCUAUCCUGAGAUAUAUAGGGUGCGGGAUCUUAUGCGGGUUUCUUGGCGCUAAUAUGCUAGUGCAUUGACAUUCAGCACACAAAGGGUUAAUUGUGUCCCUCCCUUCACUGCCGACACAGGCAGUAUUAUGAGGAAUAGCGCCCCCCGUGGCAGGUUGUAGCUGCUCUUUUUUUUUUUCCCUGUAUAACUUGUCUCCAGUGACUUUUGAGUUUUUUGGGUUUUUUUUCUAAGUAUUUUGAGACUUUUCUCCCCCCCACCCUAACUCCUUGAGAGGAGGAGCCUGAGCUGCGACACCUCCUGUUACCAAUACAAAGGGGUCCCCUCCAGAUCUAGGGGUCCCGUCUCAGCUGUGAAAUUGGGGGUGACACCGAGCAUCCCGAGGUUUGGAGGGGUGACCCCCGGAGGCCCCGGAAUGAAGGGGAAGGAAGAGAGCAGCAGCGGCGGAGGUCGCCCUUCUGGGGUCACCAUCGGCCAGGGAGGCAUCGGUGGUAGCCCGGAAAAAAGCGUCAGCGCCCAGGAGCUGAAGGAGCAGGGCAACCGGCUGUUUGUGGCCCGUAAAUAUCAAGAAGCCAUCUCCUGCUACAGCAAAGCCAUUACUCGGAACCCUUCCAUCGCAGUGUACUACACUAACCGGGCCCUGUGCUACCUGAAGAUGCAGCAGCUGGACAAGGCGUUGGCAGACUGUAAGCACGCCCUGGAGCUGGACUGCCAGUCCGUGAAGGCGCACUUCUUCCUGGGGCAGUGCCAGAUGGAGAUGGAGAACUACGACGAGGCCAUCGCCAAUCUGCAGAGAGCAUACAAUCUGGCCAAAGAACAGCGACUAAACUUCGGAGACGACAUCCCCAGCGCCCUGCGGAUCGCCAAGAAGAAGCGAUGGAACAGCAUAGAGGAGCGGAGGAUCAACCAGGAGAACGAGCUGCACGCCUAUCUCACCAGACUCAUCCUGGCGGAGAAGGAAAGGGAACUAGAAGACGCCAAGAGGAAACACGAAGAGGAGAACGUGGACGAGAACCGGGGCCGGACCCAGCUUUCCUGCGUAGCCACCAAACAUGACAAACAUUUGGCAGAAAUGGAUGAACUCUUCUCCCAAGUGGACGAGAAACGUAAGAAGCGAGACAUCCCGGAUUACUUAUGUGGAAAGAUCAGCUUUGAGCUUAUGAGGGAGCCGUGUAUAACCCCCAGCGGGAUCACCUACGACAGAAAGGACAUCGAAGAGCACCUGCAGCGAGUCGGACACUUCGAUCCUGUCACCCGGAGCCCAUUGACCCAAGAUCAGUUGAUCCCCAACCUAGCCAUGAAAGAAGUCAUCGACGCCUUCAUAUUGGAGAAUGGUUGGGUGGAGGACUAUUAGGUUAAUGCCACCUUCCCGAGCACUUAUUAUUAUUAUUAUUUUUUUUUUAUAUCUAUAUAAUUUUGGUGGUGGAUCGCACCAGUCGCAGAGUGACGUAACGUGCCUGUCUUGCCUUCAUGCCUUACUUGUCUUGCUCACGUCCAUUGCUGUCCACUGGGGCAGAGCUUUUCCCAUCUCCAAAACCAUCAUCGAUCACAAGCUCCGUGGUCGUCCGCUCCAGCACCUGUCUCGUCUCUCCCCAAGCAAACGCCAAUAAUCCGCUCUCCAUACAGUGGUGGACCAGCAACAGGUCAAACUAGAGCUGCACAAAGCAGGAGGACUAUGCAGCAGUACAACGUCAGAUACGCAAACAUGGCCGCCUGCAUCCCCAGCGUGUUUCUUCUUCUACCUUCUGUUUACUGUUAUGUUUUUGAGUCCAGGUUUCUCGGAGGCUUCUUCAGUUUUUGAGUCCAGGUUUCUCAGCGGCUUCUUCAGUUUUUGAGUCCAGGUUUCUCGGAGGCUUCUUCAGUUUUUGAGUCCAGGUUUCUCAGAAGCUUCUUCAGUUUUUGAGUCCAGGUUUCUCAGAGGCUUCUUCAGUUUUUGAGUCCAGGUUUCUCAGAGGCUUCUUCAGUUUUUGAGUCCAGGUUUCUCGGAGGCUUCUUCGGUUUUUGAGUCCAGGUUUCUCAGAGGCUUCUUCAGGUUUUGAGUCCAGGUUUCUCAGAGACUUCUUCGUGCAACUCAAGUACAUGGAGGAAAACUCCCAUUUGCCAUUACAUGACACCCUAGGUCAUAGACUAUUUACCCGUGCUGCUCUUUACUUUAACAGAGAAAUCCCUUGCGCCGAACAGUCUGGAUUAAAUCUGAGAAGCAGUGUGAACUUGGCUUUCGUACAUGGACUCCUUCCGUCAGCAAUCCUUAGCUAUCAUGGUGGUUUGAGCCGUAUUACUCUGUGUGCUGCUCCAGUGACCUCCAACCGGUGAAAUGAUGGCUCCCGUGUUCUGAUGAUGAUGGGAGUUGUAGUUUCAUAAUAGGUCUCAGGCCUUUGGCCUACACAGAUGAUAACCGUAUUGUCACAGGCUGUAACUUACUAACCCGCUGGGGGAAUGGAGCGCUGACGACUAUAGACAAUGCCCCCCGUCCUCCAUCGUAGCCGCCAUCGACACCAAUCGUAUAUUACUGGUGAUCAGGACGGACGCCCCACCCCAUCGGAUUUCUUCAGUUGAAUUUGUUAGCUUUUUUUUUCCCCCCUUGUACAUAGACGAUGUAAAUAUGUUCUAGUGUCUCGUAUAUAUGCGGCUGCAGGACUAUACACCUUUAUGAUUGGUCAAAAUCCGGACACGGAGGAGGGUGGGGGG